UAUUAUCAAUACCUUAUCUUGCAGAGGAUGCAAACAGGUUAUUGAUAAUGUUUUGAUUUCAGUAUACCUACCGUACGCUCACCGGCGUUUGAAUUAGCUGAUCCUGAUCAGAUGUUAAUUUUUUAAAAGCGUCAUAUAAGCUCGCGGUGACACUUGUAUUGCUAAAGCACAUCACCUGACUCAGUCCGAAAAAGUUCCGGUUCUAUUAAAUCGCCCAAAGCUAGUUAAAAACUGAUGGGUAACCCCCUGAAUGAAAUCUUUAAUUUUGUUGAAGUUGUUUAAUUCAAACGCUGCACGACAGAUUGGAAAUUGUGUCCACAACAACUGGAAUUUGGCUGUUUGGCAGUACAUAUAAGAAACCGAACGCUGUAGACAGUCACAUUUCCAUUUGCCAACGUUGUCUUAACCCGACGGCUUCAUUUUCCACUGUCCGAAGAUGUCGAUCGUUACGCUGCAACCAUUGGUGCUGACGACUGGACAACUCCACAAUCGUAUAGCAGUACUGACUUUUGGAGCCUUGCAAGUGUCUUUUGGAGCAUUGCUUGUCGUGCUCGAUGUUGGAGCUUUUAUUCGUUUGGCCCCGCCAUCAAACGCAGGGUACGGCUGGUGUCACAAUGUGAUGCGUAGCACCGGCAUUGCAUCAGGAUUUUGGGGCGGUGGUUUAUUUAUCUUUACCGGUAUAUUUGGCCUGCUCGCAGGACGCAGCAUCCCACCACAACAGGGACCACGAAGCCGUCGCGCUUUUCUCAUCACGGCACUGAUAUUCAGCAUUUUUGGUUUGAUUGCUUCCAUGGCAGUGAGCCCGAUUUCCAGCUUGUUUGCUGAUAAUUUAUCUUAUUGUGCGUAUUAUGCAUCCCAGAAAGAAGAAAAUACAGAUACCACUCCCUUCGCCGGCCUUAUAAUAGCAGCGCUGCAUGCGACUAUAUUCAGUAUUAUGAUCGUUGUUAAUCUUGGUCAACUCGUGUCCACCAGCGUCAACAUCAACAAGCUUCCCAAGGAUGCUCCACCAGUGACCUACAUUAUGACCACGAUGCCAAACGUCCCGGACCAGCGGAUGAUUCUGACAGCGGUCAAUACCCAUCCAACCACUAUGCCAUUACCAUUGGCUCCCGUUGAUUCGGUCCCGCCUCCCUAUUCGCUGCAACAGCAAAUUAGCUUCGUGCAGCAUGCCGUCGACACGCAUCCCAAAUAAUAGACUUAGCAUCCAUUAAUUUCCCGGGAAAUGCAACAAGAAUUGCUGGAUAAUUUAUAAUUUACAUUCUACAUAUGUUCGUAACUUAAUCUAGGCCACCAUGUCGUUGAGACUAAAACUAUAUACUGUAAUAUAAGCGCAGUGGCGUUUUGGCAAAAGUUACUUAAGUCAGUUUAAUUUUGAUGCGUUUAGAUGAUUACAGUAUAAGCUGACCAAUCGUUAUUAUUUAGUUUUUUGCCAUAUUGAAAUGCACGAGAAUUGCAGUACAGGGUAGUACAUGUUUGUUGAUGAUCUGCUUGUAUGUACUAGUAAUUUUAGAUAAUUAACCAGUUCAGUUAAACAAAUCCUUCGAAUGGGGA